AUGGCGCCGUCGAAGCGGAUCAGUAAGGCGACCAAAAUGAAAUGCCUGUACCGUCGGCGUGCAAAUAUUUUAAAUUCGGCAGGGCUGAUCCAGACGUUUGACGUUGAGUACGUCGUGGAUCAGGCCAAUCAACUUCCAAUUCGUAUCCAACAUUUGGACGAAUUGUGGCGGGAAUUUGAGGGAGUACAAAAUGAAAUCGAAGAUCUUGAAGACGCAGACGACGAGUUCAGUGAUGAGAGACGGACAUUUCAAAGUCUUUAUUACACCCUGAAGGCAUCGUUGACAACCAAGGUACCCCCUCCGUGUAUUCCGUCGUCGUCUAGAAAUCCUCCGAUCCCCGUUGCUCAGUCUGUGCCAAAUCUCCGUCUUCCAGAAAUCAAACUCAAAGAAUUUUCCGGCAAGUUUGAUGAAUGGGAGUCAUUCAGCGAUCUUUUCAUCUCACUGAUUCAUUCAAACCAGCAGCUAACCAUGGUGCAGAAGCUGCAUUAUCUGCGUGCAUCGCUCACUGGCGAGGCUGCACGCAUGAUUGCUCCCCUCGAUAUCACAGCAAACAAUUAUUCGGUAGCAUGGAAGCUACUGAAAGACCGAUUUGAGAACAAGCCGAUGUUAAUCAAGCGUCACAUGACUGGCUUGCUUUCAAUUUCUCAACUUAAAAGAGAGUCUGCUAGUGAACUUCUAGAUUUGGCAGAUGAGUUUGACCGCCAUGUUCAACUUUUGGAUAAGCUUGAGGGAGUUGAAGAGCAUUGGAACUCGUUCUUGGUGGAACGACUCAGUAGUUGUCUAGAUCCCAUCUCUCUUCGCGAAUGGGAAACACAAUUCUCGGGCGAAGUUAGACCAACAUAUCAACGUGUCGUCGAUUUCAUCCACAAGCGAUUCCGAAUCUUACAAACCCUUAUGCUCUCCCAACCUAGCGCUGGCUUGCAGCCCGAAUGCAAGUCGAAGCUACGUGUUUCUGCUGUUCACGUAAGCUCAUCGAACACUGUAGUGUGCGCCUGCUGUCAGCAGCAACAUUUGCUGUUUCAGUGCGGCAAAUUCCAGUCCCUCACUCCUCACGAACGGUUCGAUCUCAUCAAAAGGAACGGCCUCUGCAUCAACUGCAUGAAAGGGGCCCAUCUAGCGAAGGACUGUACCAGUGGCGGAUGCAAAACCUGCGCGAAGAAACACCAUACGAUGUUACAUUUAUCACCUUCGACCACAAUGGGCAACCGUCUACAACAUCCGGUGCAACUAAAUUCCUUCGCUGAAUCGAAUCGUUCGCAAAAUCAACAGUCGCAACUCGGUUCGGUACAAAGCUCUCGGUCGGUUGAGCUUUCGAACGCCUCACCACUCGUGUCGUCGUUUCGCGAAUUAUCGUCCGCUUUCGGUUACGAACCUCCCUCUUCGUCGGUAGUCUCGUUCGAUUCAAAUUUACCUCCUAAUGCCUGUCAAAGUGCUGAAGUGAUCCACAAACAGAACACAAAUGCCGUGCUGCUUUCUACUGCCGUGAUCAAGGUCCUGGAUGGGGACAAUAAAUACCAAUACGCUCGUGCGCUCUUGGAUAGUGGAUCCCAGCCCAGCUUCAUCUCCGAAGCACUGUGUCAAAGGCUCAACUUGAAGCGGACAAAGCUCAAUUCUCCAGUCAGCGGUAUCGGACAGUCUAUGGUUAACGUACGCUACGGUGUAACCAUGUCGAUUGCCUCUCGCUUUGGUACCUUCACAUCCAAUCUUGACUGCUUGGUUUUACCGAAGCUCACCGUUGCACUACCCAGUUGCAGCAUCGACGUAACACGCUGGCGGAUUCCAAGGCACCUACCACUUGCCGAUCCGCAGUUCAACAUUAGCCAAGGGGUUGAUGUCAUCAUCGGCGCUGAACUUUUCUACUUGCUUCUGGAAAACCAGCAGAUCAGUCUAGAUGCUGGCUAUCCAAUCCUCCAAAAAACCGUUCUCGGUUUCGUCGUCUGUGGUAAAGUCACGGAACAAGCUACCACAGAGGUAGUUGUGCAGUCUAGUCAUCUCUGUACCGAUGAGUCACUCGAUUCCCAGUUGGAAAGGUUCUGGGAAAUUGAGAAUCUUGAUAGUGAAAAGGCAUUCACUCCAGACGAGCAGUUCUGUGAGGAACAUUUCCAGCAAACCAUUUCGAGGGACGAGAAUGGUCGAUACGUCGUUCACCUUCCGUUGCGGAAAGAAUUGGUUUCGCUAAUCGGGGACUCGUAUACUCCUGCACUUCGUCGAUUGCUGUCGAUGGAGAAGAAGUUCGCCGUUGAUGAAAACUUUCAUGAAGAAUACAGCAACGUUAUGGAGGAGUACCAGAAGUUGGGCCACAUGGAGAGAGCACAACAACGAAGACUCGGGUUGUACCGAUAG